CAUCAGAUAUUACGACGACAUUUCCGUGCAAUGGCAAAUUUACGGAAAAACAAAAAAUUAUUUAUAACGCAGUUUUGGCUGCAAAUACAGAGGUAUUUAAAGCAGCUAAACCAGGAUUACGAUGGAAAGAAAUGCAUUUGUUAGCAGAACGAAUUAUACUGUCACAUUUGAGGGAUGCUGAAAUAUUGAGAGGUGAUUUGGAAGAAAUGAUGAAAGUACGAAUGGGUGCGAUAUUUAUGCCUCAUGGAUUGGGACAUUUCAUGGGACUUGAUGUUCAUGACUGUGGUGGUUACCUUGGAGUUAGUUACUGUUAUUUUCUUACAGUUAUCUUAUAUGCUGUUACGUGUCUUUAA